AUGGCUCUCCAACCUUCGCUGACACCGUUUCGCAUCGCUGGCUCGGCGGGUGCACCACGCACGCUCGAGUUCUUCUACUGUUUCGUGUGCACACACUCCGUAAGAUCUGCCAAGACACUCAACAAUGUGAUCCUGCCGUUGCUCGCAGAGAAAUGGCCCGAUCAGGUCAAGGUCAUCUUCCGGCCACAGGUUCAACCAUGGUGGCCCUCGUCGAGUAUCGCGCAUGAAGUCUCGCUUGCCGUCGCCCGUGUCGCACCUUCCAAAUGGUGGAACUUUGCUACUACGCUCUUUGAGCAUCGCCCAGAGUUUACAGACGUGCCCACUGCGAACCUUUCGCCCGUCCAGUUGCGCGAAGCCAUCGCAGAGUUUGGCCUCAAGCAAGGAGUCCUCACGCAAGACGAGGUCGACAAGGUCAAGGAGAUUCUCACACUCAAGGAAGGAGGAGGGCACGGUGUGACAGAUGAGUUGAAGUACUGCCUCAAGUACUCCCGUCAAAAUAGUGUUCACUUCUCACCCACCGUCCUCUUUGACGGUCUCAUUGCACCGGAACCACAGAGCGCAUGGGGCAAAGACGAGUGGCUUGCAUUCCUGGAGAAGAAGAUGCAGUCCUGA